AUGAGCGGCCUCUUCGGGCGCGCCGCGCUGAGGGAGCUGUUGUGCGGCCCGCGGGCCCGGGGCCCCGGCCUGCCCGUGCGCCCCAGCUCCGGGGAGCCCUCCCGGGCCCGGGAGCGGACCCUGGUGACGGUGAAGCCAGACGGGGUGCGGCGACGGCUGGUGGGCGAGGUGAUCCGGCGCUUUGAGAGGCGGGGCUUCCGGCUGGUGGGGAUGAAGAUGCUCCAGGCGCCGGAGAGCGUGCUGGCCCAGCACUACGAGCGCCAUCGCGAGGAGCCCUUCUACGCGGCCCUCCUCAGCCACAUGCGCUCGGGCCCCGUGGUGGCCAUGGUCUGGGAAGGCCCCAGCGUGGUCCGCGCCUCCAGGGCCAUGGUCGGGCUCACCGACGCGGCCGAGGCUGCCCCCGGCACCAUCCGAGGAGACUUCAGCCUCCACAUCAGAAGGAACGUCGUCCACGCCAGCGACUCGGCGGAGGGGGCCCGGAGGGAGAUCCAGCUGUGGUUCCGGAGCAGCGAGCUGGUGGACUGGGCGGACGAGGGCCACCGCAGCAGCCUCGACCCGGCCUGA